AUGGACCCGUCCCUGGUGUGGGUGGACCAGGCCCCCAGGCGGCCCAGCCUGUUGCUUGGCAGCAAUCCCCUCCUGUCUCCUGCCGUUCCCUCCCAGGUCUCCAAAGCCUCCUCCGAGCUCAUGAGUUACUGCGAGCAGCACGCCCGGAGCGACCCCCUGCUGGUCGGAGUGCCAGCCUCCGAGAACCCCUUCAAGGACAAGAAGCCCUGUGUCAUUCUGUAGAGGCUGUUCCUCCCGCCCCCCUCCCCCCCC